UAAGCCUUGAGUUGAACCAGCAGAUGGCCAGCUAUGCCAGCCCCUCCCUUGAGAAGAGUUUCCUGUAUAAGGCGCUAGGAACAUCCUUAGCAGUUUGCCAGGACCUGGUCCAUAUUAAAUCCCAGCUUCAUCAAUUUUUGACAGCAACGGAUUAUAUGGAAGCCCCUGAGAGACAGGGAGUCAUUUCCAUCCUCGCACUCUCUGCUGAGAGCCACUUGGACCUCACCCUGAACGCACUUCAGGAGUUUGGGGCUACAGUGAGCAAGGUGAAGAUUUCUGGGUUCAUCAGCCGCCUGAAGGACCACCACCAUGGGAGAAGAGGCAAGACUCGCAGCACCCUGAUGCUGACCUACAGCAGCGUGGCUGUCCAUGCUCCAAAAGAACAGCUUCUCUCCCGAGUAGAGGCAGACAUCACAAAGAACAUCCUUCUCCAUUACAGAGCCAGUUGUCAGGUAAGAGUUUUUGUGUGAUAAGUGUCACAUAACUCAAAUUUAAACCUGUAAUGGACGGAGUGUGAGCUGUCACAUGUUGUAUCAUUUUUGUUGCUCUUCUUUGUAUUUUCUCUAGGUUUUUCUAUAUUCUUCUGAAAUUCUGUAGACCCCAGCUACACAGUAAUUCAGAUGCAGUG